UAAACAAAAAGGAAGGAAACCUUCGGCCACACCGUCGCGGCAAAAUAGGUUUAAAAAUUCAGGUUGUCGCCAGAUUAGCGACCACAUGUUACCUUCAACCGUUUAGGAAAGUAUUACCAGGCGUAGACAAUCAUGGACGAGACGAUAAUAUUUCGUAUGAGUGCGUAUUCCGAGCAAGGAGGGAGAAAAUACAUGGAGGAUGUUGUCGAUAUAAAAAUCGAGUACGAGCCGACUGCGGCGCCAGUUGAAGAUUGCCCAAAGUCGCAGAGACACGGAGGAGCAGAAAAACCGGAGGGUGAGGCUACAACACAGACUGAAAAUGAGACACAAAAGCUCGACGCUGCCGUCGAAUCUGCUCCAGCCUCUGCUGUGUGGGUGGAGAGUCUCUCGAACGAGGACAGCGGCAACAACCUCGCACCGGCACCUCACGAAAAAGAGCACGUAGUCGACACGCGCAGGUCGGUGGCGUUCUUCGCCGUGUUCGACGGACACGGGGGUCGCGAGGCUGCACACUUCGCGCGCGACAAUCUGUGGGAUUUGUUGAAGAGGCAGCGUGGGUUUUGGUCCAAGGAUCACAGUGAAGUGUGUGCUGCUCUACGCAAAGGCUUCAUCGCUUGUCACCAUGCGAUGUGGAAGGAGCUACCGGAAUGGCCCAAGACUAUAACCGGCCUGCCCAGCACGUCGGGCACCACUGCUAGUGUGAUUGUGAUCCGUGGAAUUCACAUGUUCGUUGCCCAUGUAGGGGAUUCAGCAGUGGUAGUUGGAGUGAAAGAGAAUGACUCUGAUAUCACACUCCAGGCACUUGAACUGACACAAGACCACAAACCUGAACUUCCUAAAGAAAAAGAAAGGAUUGAACGCCUGGGGGGCAGUGUAAUGAAGAAAUCUGGGGUGAACCGUGUUGUAUGGAAGAGGCCCAGACUGACACAUAAUGGCCCAGUGAGGAGGAGUACAGUCAUUGACCAGAUCCCCUUCCUAGCUGUGGCCCGAUCCCUAGGGGAUCUCUGGAGUUAUGAUUUCUACAGUGGGGAGUUUGUGGUUUCUCCGGAGCCCGAUACCACAGUGAUGACCCUUGACCCCAAAAGACAUCGUUACAUCAUCCUCGGCAGUGAUGGUCUAUGGAAUAUGAUGCCUCCCAAGAAUGCAGUUAAUAUGUGUUGUAGCCAUGACAAAAUGGUGGGACCAAAAGGAAUGUCGUGUGCACGGCGGCUUGGGUGUACAGCACUACUUUUUUGGAAACAACGCAUGCUCCGUGCAGACAACACAACCGUUAUUGUCCUAGCUCUUCAGGACCGCGAGGGGCCGCCUAUCGCUAUGCAUCAGGAUGAGAUUGUUGUUGACAUGGCUACUGGAAUUGACCAUGUUCCAUUCCCAGGCACUCCUUAUAACACGUGUGAGGUCCCAAAGGAGGAGCAUGAGGAUGGCAUGUUUUAUGAAGAAGAUGAGAUAUAUGGAGAAGAACAUGGGUGGACAUGCCUGGAGUGGUAGUCAGGUGACUGCUCACUAACAAAAAAAAAGUGAUGCAGUGACUGCUUCCUCCCAAUUCAGAGAAAAUUCCAUGAGUCUACAGCGGGAGUUUGGUCUGUAUGAAGCAGCUUUUACCUGACGUUGACUCUGUGACGGUUACACCGUCUCCCUGUGAAGGCUCCGAGGAGUUUUUACAAACAAGCAGGACUCGGCACAUCUUGAACUCAAAGGUCCUGGUCACCUGCGCGGCCGGUUACAGCCUCGCAGCAAAGCAAGUCAGCAAUUCAGCCUGAGUGUGGCUCAGAAAAGCGGAAACAGCACCUCUGAGGAACACACUAUUCCCUUCACCGGCACCACAUCUCUGCCUCGUGCGUGUGCUGAAUCUGGUCUUAUAAGAAGUGUUUUUUGUUUGUUUUUUUUUUACCCAGGGACUAGAGGGAAAAAUCAGCAUCAUGUCCACGUUGCAUAUGUACCAGUUGUGCUGCAGCCCCCUUUUUUCCUAAGCGUAUACUUUUAUACAAAGUGUUUGUUUUUGUAAAUAUGUGAGAAAUUUGAGAUUCUAAACAUGUUAAUGUUUUAAUUACCCUGCUUUUUUUUCUCCCCCCUCCCUAACCUCCCACCUCUUCAAAUAUUAAUGUUUGGGAAAGUAAAAAUUUUAGAUUUGUCCAAUCUUCACAGUCUAUUUUCAUACUUCUAAGUAUGUACAGUAUAUCCGAAAUAUUUAUUUAAAAAAAGAAAAAGAAAAAGAUAGAUCACUACAGUCAGUUCACAGCAACUGUAUUUUAUAUUGUUUGGACUUUUACAGGAGUGAGGUUAAAACCUCAGACCACUUGUUCGUGUCUUUCCUCCUCAAAUGAAGUGCCGCUGCUUUUAGUGAUGGUCAGAUUUGAGCUCAUAUUGUGCAGUUUGCAAAAAUAAAGGAAGGAAGCAAACAGUGGUCUGAAGUAAACACGCGGGUAUUCAUUUUUUUUUAAGUUCGCACCCUUUUGUUUUCUUCACUAUCUUUGUCCAAGUAUGUACUGUUGAGAUUAAAAGCUGUUAUUCGACUAAUUGGUGAAUGUGGAGCAUAGCAUGUGCAGAGGUGUUAAAGGGUCAGUUCACCCAAAUCAGAAGAAGUCGGUACAUUUUCUAAGGCUACAUUUACACUGCAGGUAUUUUUGUUGCAUAUAUCAAAUUUUUUUUUGGAGGACCCAUGUCUGAUAUCUGUAUUUACACCACAGGGUGGUGGUGUUUUUAGGAUACUCACCUGAAAAUGGUGUCACUGUGAAUUUUAGAAAUCCUUGCCCCAAACCUCAGCAUGAGUUUGUACCCUCAUCCUCCGCUGCACAGGUUGAAGUCAUGUGAUCAUCGCUUGUGAACAUGUGUAUUUACAUUAUUCACUUGUUCCAUUGCAUUAUGAGAUUGGUGUCUUGACAUUCAUAGACACACUUGCACUGAUCUGAUUCAUAUGUGAUCCGACAAUGGGGAGCAAUAGCAGGUCUUCUUUCACUUUGAAGGUUGUAGGUUCAAUUCCUGGCUCUGCUAAUCUGCUGAUGUGUCGUUGGGCAAGACACUGCUUUGAGUGGUCGUCAAGACGACAAGUCUUUUUUUCUAUAUAAAAGCAGAAAGACCAAUAUCUGAAUCCAUGUGCUUUUUUUUUUCCCCUGUUCACACCGUCAUGGGUCACAUCUGAUUUGUGCCACAUGGGAGGAAACGAUCAGAGUUGUGUUUCAUAAUGCAGUGUAAAUGCAGCUACCAUUGCGGUGUCUCUCCAGAUGCUUAGCUGUGCGAUUUGAGUGAACUAGCCCUUUAAUUGCAACACUUGUAAUAUUUAUCUCUUUGCUGAAUAAUCAUUGAAUUCCAUUCCAAGCAAGCAUUAUUUAAUAAUUAAAACUUUGUGUUAAA